AUGCAGAGUCUAGAUAGAGUCGGUCGUUGGAGUAGAACAGAUGGCUACUUGUCAAGCGAUGCGUUUACAGGAGGGUACGAGGCAGACGGCAGAACACUUCAUGUAGUCUGCGCCUAUAUUGAUGGCGUCUUUACACCUGGGAAAUACGGACAUCAUCUUAGUGGAGCCUGCAUUCCAUACGGUCGUGAAGAAAAGGUUUGCGAAUGGUUCUACUAUCUGGUUAAUAGCAACUUUGAGAAGUGGAUAUAUAGCUGGGAGCACGCCUCCAACGGAAACGUACCCCACAACGCCCUAAAGGUCGAUGAGGGGAUGUACGUGGGUCGAGUCCACCAUGCGGGGAGUCUAAUUCCGUGUAAGGUUCAUACCAGUCACAACUGUGCUUAUUUUGGUUAUGAUGGGAGAGAACACAGUUCCAGGGAGUACGAGGUGCUCGUCUACACACUGAAAUCCAAUCAGGUAGAGGAACAGAAAGAGGCCAAAGAAUAAUGGGAAUACAGCGGAAAAUGAAAUAAAUUUUCUUACAGAUUGUCAACUCUAUAAACAAAAUAGAAUCGAAGCACAGAAACAUUAAUUCAUUAUGUGUGUCUUAGUAUUAAAUUGAUACUUUCAACUUUUGUUUCAAUUUCGGUGAAUCGAUCUUCUCACUAGGUGCUUAUAUCAUUAUGAU